UACCAAGGGUAUCUCAGCUGUUGUUUACCACCAGAUUUUGUGGGGAAACAACUAUUUUCGGUUUAUCUGGUUGUAAUUUUAAGUGGGGGAAAUGUAAAAGCACCAGACUAACACUGUCUGUCAUUCAGACCCGAAAACUCGACAGUGAUCUACUCUAACGAUCGAUCUAUCUGCCAGCAGCUUAUCAGCCUGACUUCCACCUGCACAGCGUUGACACCGUUAGCUAGCUACAGCACGAUUUACCAAGCAACACUACAUCAUGGCAGAUCCAAGGAUACGGCAAAUCAAGAUUAAAACUGGUAUUGUUAAAAGGCUGGCCAAGGAGGAGAUUGCGUACAUAACCGAAGCGAAGCAGCAGGAAGAGAAGAUUGAGCGCCUGAAAACGGAGGCGGCAGAUGAUUAUGUUAUCAAGAAGCAGACGGAGGUGUUGCAGGAGUCCAGAAUGAUGAUCCCAGACUGUCACCGCCGGCUGGCCGUAGCACACGCAGAUCUGCUUCAGGUGCUAGAAACCGAAGAGGAUUUGGCUGAAUCAGAGGAGUACAAAGAGGCUAGAAGCGUAUUGGACUCAGUGAAGCUUGAAGGAUGAUUUCUGAUGCAUUUCUGUUCUCACUGUGAGAUUCACUUGCUUAAAUGUCCAUUCCUUUCGUCAGGCCUGGUUUGGAGCCGUGGAGGCCGACUGAAUCCAUUCAGAGUCUUUUCUUGAUGUAAUUAUUUCUUUUCUUUACCGCUAACGUGCCACCACAUUUUGCUCAUGCUUCACCUGUAUGGAAAAAAAAAAAAAAAUCUCACAAUAACAUGAUAAACCAUUCAGUUUAUUACAGUAGAGGAGUGGAGUGUUUUCUUUAAGUGUUGUUUGUUAUACUAAUGCACCGUUCAGACUUGAUGAAA